AGGCAGACGUUUGCACAGUGAAUAUUUUGAAAACUGUAGUAUUAAGAAGAACAGACAAAAAAGUACACUCUGGAUUACUUGUUUUGACGGUAGCAGUGACUAUGUUCCGUUUUAUAACAGGAAUAUUUUGCGUGACGUCUGACUGUUCUAUUCAGUACACAGCUGGUGUUUACUUUCUAGCAAGGAGCGUCGAAAGCAUACUAUUUUGGACCAUCAAUAUGAUCUUAUCACGGAAAUAUCCUGACGGAGAUGAACCACUGCAUGAAUUUCCGUUCCAGUUGUAUGUUUGUAUCAGCGUGUUGGCAAACCUUGUCGUCUUCGUAGUAUGUGCCAAGCUGGUAUUUGAGAACUUCAACGAAAUUUCCAGUAUUUGCCCAUCAACUCGAGGACGAGGAACAGCUGCAACAAUUGUUGUAAUAUCAGACUGUGUUUAUAUCGCUGUCUUUAUUUUCACAAUCACUGUGCUUGCUGCAAGAGAGCUAUCUUAAUCUGAAACAUGAGCAAUGUAUACUUACCAGUGGCUCUUACACUUACAAACUGAAAGCUGUUUCAUCGUAAAAGAAAAAUAUGUUCAUUCAAAUGAAAACUACGAUACUUGUUCCUGCGCUAGGUAAAAUUCGUAUAGAUAGAUUGACGAUAAAACUUAAGGUUAAGCCAAUUCAUAUUUAGCAUAGAGCAUUACGUUCCACAGAAUGAAUAAGUAUCAAGGGAACAUCUUUUUUAAUUUAUAUAUAUAUGUCCUUUAGAUUAUAUCAGCUUACAUACAUAUUUCAAUGCUUUUUAUCUAUUUGAUUACGUAUAAUGUAUACACAAGGUUCGUUCAAUAAAUAUGAAAAAAUAGUAAAAACGAGAAAGUCGCUGCUGUCUUUGCAGCGACGCUAUAAGGUUAUUCUUCACCUUCGCCAUUGACAUUAAUCCAAAAGGCGUAAACCCUUGUUUACAUUCAGGACUUUGUCUAGAGCUUAAGCGAGCAUUCCAUUCUUAUUGUUUAUAAUGAAAAGUCCGUUAUCGUUAACAUAUCCAGUGGUUAAAAUUCAUUGAUUUAUGCGACAUCAUAAUUAUAUCCUUUUAAGAAAAACUUGUUAUAUCGAAAUAACAAACAUUUGUAGCGGUCCAUGGGAUAAAACUAUUUUCGUGUUUCCAUGCAUACUACCUGAAUGUAUACUACAGGAUGAAGAAAAAAUACUUAAUCAUGUUAAUGAGACUUUAUACCACAUGUUUGCGUUAAAAACAGGAUCCUACACAUGAAUAACACCAGAAAAACAGUAAUUAUUCCAUGUACAUACGUUUCAUUACCAUUUGUUUUUAUAAUGAUUUUGCGCCCUGUCCAAAAAGAAUAGAAACAACUUUUUGUUGAAAAUAAAAUCGAAACCAUUCUGAUCAUACUAGGGUCAUUUCAGGGUCAGAGCUAGAUUAAGUUCAUUUCAGUAUAUAAUAAAUUAUAUGUAUUGCAAGUGAUGUAUUGACAAAUAUAAUGAAUAUAUAAUGGCUUUAGAAACGAUUGAUAGCAUGCCAAGUAA